AUGGAUGACAUAGAUAAUCGAAAACGAAGGGACGGAUGUGGUGAAUCAAUUGUCACAUAUUUGACCUCAGCAAAGUUUCUUCUUUAUCUUGGCCAUGCUCUCUCAACAUGGGGAGAUCGGAUGUGGCAUUUUGCAGUAUCUGUUUUUUUGGUUGAGCUUUAUGGUAACAGCCUAUUACUAACAGCGGUUUAUGGGCUGGUGGUUUCUGGAUCUGUCCUUCUACUCGGGGCCAUUAUUGGAGACUGGGUGGACAGGAGCCCAAGACUCAAAGCGGCAAAGACAUCCUUGAUUGUACAGAACAUGUCUGUUAUCCUUUGCGGAAUCAUUCUCAUGGUUAUUUUUGAGUAUAAAUUGCAAUUUACAAUGCAUAAUAGCUGGAUAUUGACAGUGUGCUACAUUUUGGUGAUAAUAAUUGCAAGUAUUGCAAACCUGGGAAGUACAGCUACAGGAAUCACAAUCGAGAAAGACUGGAUCGUGGUAGUAGCGGCUAAUGAUAGAUGUGCCCUGGCAGGUAUGAAUGCCACACUUCGAAGGAUUGACCAGGUGACCAAUAUUUUGGCACCCAUGGCUGUUGGGCAGAUAAUGACGUUUGGUUCACUGGUGAUUGGCUGUGGAUUUGUUGUUGGAUGGAAUCUGUUGUCAGUCUGUGUAGAAUACUUCAUACUCUGGAAGGUUUAUGAGAAGACACCAGAGCUUAUGAACAAGAAGCAACAAACAGAUGAUGCCCAGGAGAUGAAACAAUUAAACAACAGUAGACUUGAGGGGUCAGCUCCACAAGAUGCAACACCAAAUGAAGCUGAAAGUUUAGUUCCUCGUACUACAUCAUUUGUUGUUGAGUCUCAAACGAAGGAAGAAUCCAGUUGUGUUUCCCAUAUUGUCAAACCCUUCCAUACAUUCCGGGAUGGAUGGAUUCUCUAUUACAAGCAACCAUUUUUCCUGGCAGGGAUGGCACUUUCUUUUCUCUACAUGACUGUUUUAGGCUUUGAUUCCAUCACUGUUGGCUAUGCAUAUACUCAAGGGCUAAGUAGCUCAGUACUCAGUAUCCUUAUAGGUGUAUCAGCCAUUGUAGGAAUUCUGGGAACUGUGGCCUUCACGUGGCUGCAGAAGAAAUGUGGUCUGAUACGCACAGGCCUUAUCUCUGGAAUAGCUCAACUUUCUAGCUUGGUUUUUUGUGUGGUCUCUGUAUUUAUGCCUGGAAGCCCUAAGGAUCUAUCUGUUCUCGCAUAUGCCAACAUCAGUAGAGUGCAUAAUAUGGACAUGAACUCAUCAUCCACAGCAUCUCCUCAUGUGUGGACAGGAUAUAAUGUUACUGUGCAUGCACAGGAGCUGUCUGGUAUCACGAACACAGACAUGCAGCUCAAUUCCAGCACAGAGAACCUUAUGUCUGUUAUAUUGUUGUUUGUGGGAAUAAUUGCUGCACGAGCUGGUCUUUGGUCUUUUGAUUUAACUGUGACACAACUGAUUCAAGAAAAUGCAGAAGAAUCUGAACGUGGAAUUAUAAAUGGUGUUCAGGACUCGAUGAACUGUCUUCUGGACCUUCUUCAUUUUGUCAUGGUUAUCAUUGCCCCAAACCCAGAAUCCUUUGGUUUGUUGGUGCUCAUCUCAGUCUCAUUUGUUGGUAUGGGACACAUUAUGUAUUACCAUUAUGCUUACAAGACACUGGGGAAACAACUGUAUACCUGCUGCCAAUCAUCUUCACAAAGUCCAGAUUCAUUGACUUCAAACACAGAUCAAAUAAAUUCUAAUGGAGUUUAACAUCAUUCAGUCAAGUUAAAUG